AUGGUUGCGGCAGAGAAGCCCGGAAAGUUUUCUAGCAUAGACUUUAAACGCUGGCAACAGAAAAUGUUCUUCUACUUAACAACCCUCAAUCUGCAAAAAUUUAUUACUGAGGAGGUUCCUGUUCUACCAGAAGAGACUCCGCACAACGAAUGUUUCAUCGUGACGGAGGCAUGGAAUCAUUCUGAUUUUCUAUGUAAAAAUUAUAUUCUCAAUGGGUUGGAUGAUGGUCUAUAUAAUGUCUAUAGCGGUUGUAAGACGUCUAAGGAAUUAUGGAAUGCUUUGGACAAGAAAUAUAAGACCGAGGAUGCUGGGUUGAAAAAGUUUGUUGCUGCGAAGUUCUUGGACUUUAAAAUGGUUGCGGCCUUUAUUGAAAAAUUGUCGCCUCUGUGGAAGGAUUUUAAAAACUACUUAAACCACAAACGUAAGGAAAUGACAUUAGAAGAUCUAAUCGUCCGUCUUAGAAUUGAGGAAGACAACAGAUCUGCUGAGAAGAAGGACAAUGGCAAACAAGAAAUAAUGGGGGGAAACAUCGUUGAAACUACCCUUACAAGUUCAAAGAAAAGGAAGCGGGCUUCUGGAGGGAAGAAUGUUCCAAGCAAGAAGAAAUUCAAAGGAAGUUGUUACAAUUGCGGCAAAAUUGGACACAUGGCUUUAGACUGUCGUGCUCCAAAAAAGGAUAAGGAGAAGAAGAAAGGUCAAGCCAAUAUGGAUGAAAUGAAUAAUGAAGUGGAUAAUCUAUGUGCCAUGUUGUCCGAAUGCAACUUGCUUCAGGUAGAUGACGAUACUUAG